AUGUCCCCGCCCAAGAAGCACGUGUCUCCGGAUUACAGAAUGCGGCACUCGUUUAACAAGCCGACUAAGGCGAAUGGCGACGUGAACAGCAGCAACGGCAGCACCAAGAAAGCACCAGGUCUGAAGCGGCCUUCUGCGUCCCCCACCGAGGGGUCCUACUUGGGGUGGCUAGGCACCGAGACCGAGGUAGACACGGCCUGCGACGUCAUCUACAACAGUCAGCCGAAACCACGUCUCGAAUUCAGCGUCGUAGUGAACCUGAUAGUGGCGAAUUAUGGCGAAAAACGCGCGACCAUGUUAGUGUAG